GCCUUACAUUUAUGGUAGCGUGGCGCUCCCAUCACAUCGGCACCACCAAUCGGCACGUCCUGCUGUACACCCCCGCGGUUGUAAUGGAUUUGCCUAGCACCCUUCUUGAGUUAACGGAAAUAGGUCCAAGACGGGAUAACUUGUAGCCAGUUUAUUAAAAGUAAUCGAACUGUGUCCCAAGGAUGCUGUGGUUGUAGAUCUGUGACGGGACGUCUACAAAAACAUGAUCUUUGAGAAAGGAGUUAAUGGUUGUGUUGCCUACCAAAAGAUAAUAAUGUUUUUGUGCGGAAUCGUUGUGAUAUUCGUGAGCCUGUUUCUCCAAGACGGGGGAGCCUACAAUGUGGAUAUAGAAGGGGCUAUGGUUCACUCUGGAGAAGUGGGGUCUAUGUUUGGGUACUCAGUCGCUCAACAUAUAGACCAAUCAACAAGUUGGCUACUUAUAGGAGCACCCAAGGCCCAGACUUCACAGCCAGGAAUAGUAAAGGGUGGUGCUGUUUACAGGUGUACCAUCAAUACGACAAAUUAUUGUCGGGAAAUUCCUUUUGAUGAAAGUGGAAAUAAUUUAAAAUAUGUAGCUAGAAUCAAUGACUAUAGAGAAAUAGACGACAAAUCUAACCAAUGGUUUGGGGCCACUGUACAAAGUUCUGGACGGAAUGGAGUCAUUGUGGCCUGUGCCCCAAGAUAUGUUUAUCUUUCGAAAGAUUAUAACAAGAGGGAGCCUGUUGGAACAUGUUACAUUUCAAAACCCUCCACAACACGAACAGAGGAGUUCUCACCAUGCAGAAGAGAUGGGACGUGGGGCUUCCACAAACAAGGCUUCUGUCAGUCAGGCUUGAGCGUUGCCCUGUCGCAAGAUGGACAGAAGAUGAUGGUAGCAGCCGUGGGAAGCUGGUACUGGCAAGGUCAGCUGUACAACUACGAAGUGAAGAACAAGGAGUAUGUGUCGACACGGGAGGGGCCACCAGAGGAUGAUGACAGCUACAUGGGAUACGCCAGUGCCGUUGGGGACUUUGACGGUGAUAACAUGGAAGAUUACGUGGUCAGCGUUCCCAAAGGUGACCUUCACCUUGGCAGGGUUGCGAUGUUCACACAGAACCUGACGAACAUCCAGAACAUCACAGGAGAACAGGUUGGUGCCUAUUUUGGAUACUCCCUGGCAGUGACAGACUUGGAUGGAGAUGAAUUGGAUGAUAUCAUAGUUGGAGCACCGUUCUAUGCAGUGUUGAAGACCUCCAAAACCUAUGAGACAGGAAGAGUCUACAUAUUCUACCAGACUGAGAAGCACAAGUUCAAACCCAGCAAGAAAGAUAUCCUGGAUGGCAAGGAGAGCAUGUCGAGAUUCGGACACGCCCUCACCAGACUUGGCGACAUCAACUAUGACGGAUACAAUGAUCUGGCUGUCGGAGCUCCAUAUGCAGGGGAGGAUCACAAGGGGGCUGUCUACAUCUACCACGGCUCCAAGAAGGGCAUCAUCACUCAGGUAUCUCAGAUCAUCUAUCCCAAGGACCUUGACCCAGGACUGACAACGUUCGGCUACUCCCUCUCAGGAGGCAUUGACCAGGAUGGCAAUACAUACCCAGAUCUCCUGGUUGGCGCCUACGGUGCUGACAAAGCUGUUUUCCUGAGAACCCGUCCAGUGGUGCGUGUUUACGCCAGUCUCAAGAUCGAUCCUGUCAUCAUCAACCUGGACCAUCAGAGCUGCUCUCUCAUUAAUGACAAGAGAGUCACAUGUCUGACGGUGUACACGUGUCUGGAGUACACAGGCCAGGGCGUGGCAGAGGAGCUGUUCUUUGACUUGACCUGGGAGCUGGACACACUGCAGCGGAAUCGGUCAAGGGAGGAGCAGCGAACCUACUAUCUGACCACCGAGAAGGACGUCGUAGAGAAGAACACAGUAAAACUGACCAAGAAGGCCACGUGGUGCACCUCCUCCUUCGCAUAUGUCCUGGCUGACAUCUCAGACAAGCUGACGCCAAUCGCUGUUGACUUCAAGUUUGCACUGAGAACGUUGAAGUCCGGAAGCAACAGUCGAAAGAGGAGGUCGCUGGAACCCAUCCUUGAUCAGUACAUCAGGACAUCGGUUCGGACAGAGGCUCAGAUCUUGAAGAACUGUGGCCGCGAUAAUGUGUGUUACCCAGACCUCCGGGUGCACUCCAUCCGUGUGUCCCGCGCUCACGUCAUUGGCACGACGACCGAGCUGGAGAUCCUCAUCAUGGUGGAGAACCGCGGGGAAGAUGCCUUCAACACCCAGCUGUUCAUCAACCUCCCACAAGGAGUUUCCAUCAAGGGCAUCCAGGGCGUGCAGAGUGUGCAGGGGGUGGCGCCAGUGAGCUGUGACCGAAAGAGAAUAAACAACGAGGACGUGGUUAACUGUGACCUUGGAAACCCCCUUCCAGCACAAGCUAAGACAAACUUCACCCUCAAAGCCUCGCCAAAAGAUUUCAAUGAAACCAAAGACCUGUUGGUGUUUGCACUUGAGGUCAACAGUUCCAACCCCGAGAACCUGACCGACACCGUCAACAACUACGCCAGUGUGUCCAUCCCCGUCACUGCCUCUGCUGAAAUCCUCAUCAAUGGAAAAUCUACUCCAGAACAGAUUAUUGUAAACACAACUAGAGUGCGACUGAAUGGCGACAGAUUCCGAACAAGACCAGUUGAACAUCUUUAUCAGGUACAAAAUCUUGGACCAAGUUCGACUGAGACGAUAGAUCUACAGAUAUAUUGGCCAAGCCAUGACAACGAUGGGGAGCCGAUUUUACCCCUCUCUGCAGCCCCUGAGAUUACCAAGGGCAACGGCCAGUGUCAGAUAAUAUUCGUAACACCUGCUAAUAGUUCAGAUAUUCUGAGAUACAGUCUGACGGACCCGAACGAUGUUGUCGUGGUACUCCAGGAGCAGAGAUCUGGAGAUAGACCUAAAAGGGCAAACAAAGGCCGAGUGACUUGCACAGAUUGGUGCACAGUCAUCAAGUGCACUGUGGGAUACCUGAAGCCAGAAGACAACUUCCUGCUCAAGAUUAAAGCCAACCUGAUGGUUAACCAGAUGCCACAUGCACUCCUGACGUCAACAGCGUUUGCUCGUGUUGUCUCCAUGCCAUACAAACUCAAGGCUGUGGACCCAACACUAUUUGCUACAGCCAAGCAGUCUAUUGUGACAGACGUGAACAUUGACAAACCAGACAUUGGUGGCCGGCCCAUCGAGAUCUGGAUCAUAGCCGUGGCAGUGUCGGCAGGGCUGCUGGUUCUGCUCUUGAUCAUUAUUCUUCUGUGGUGGUGUGGAUUCUUCAAGAGGAGGAAGCCCGAAGAUGAUGGAUACCUGGUUGCCAAUGGCAACCCACGAAACAUUGAGGACAAAACAUUUGAAUGAGGAAAAGUUCACAUACAAACAAGUUUGGGAAGAAGUGGUAAACUCUAUGUGGCAUCAAGGGUGAUUUCCAGCAACCCUGAACUAGGCACUUAACUAUCAACAUCGGAUGUUGGGAUUCCAGAGUCAAUUGUAAAGUCCAAGCUGCAGUGUGAUAAAAUGUUGACAUCACGAAACUCUACAUGUGAUAUCCACAAUAUCAACUCCCUAUGUGAUAUCUAUGAUAUCAACAUAUGGUUGAUAACAAUCUUGAUGCCUAUUUCACAGUAUGCCACCACCGGUGCCUUAUUUCAGGGAAUAAGAGAUAGUAACACACCAGAAAUUGUGAUUCUGAAACAAUGUUUCCAACAGAAGAGGAACAAGCAUGUGAUUAGUUACCAUGGAGACAGUAUGACAUUGGAGUCAUUCCAUCACACUGCCGAUCACAUGAUCAGUUGAAAUCCAGGCUUCCAUUGUCUAAGAAUUCAUUGCCUUAUAUGGUCAUCUGAAGAUGAACACCAGCAGAAAGUAACAAUAAUAGCAGAAGGUUGGUAAUGAGGUUCAUGGUAGUGUGAAUAUGUGAAAAACCUUUAUUGUACCUCAAUAAUAUCCUUUCAGUCCAAGUUCUGUAAUGAUGAAAUACUGGUAUAACGCCAGUAAUGACCUAUCAAUGGAAGACGUCUGAUCUAAGUAUCAGAAAUCUUUCAAUGAUUCCAAAUCAUAAUUCACACCAAGUUAAAUAUGCUUUUGACAUAAUAGUGCAAUAUAUAUAUAUAUAAUAGUGAACAUGACUAACCAUGGAUGGACUGAUUGGUUGAACUACAGUGAAAUAUACAGUCAUAGAUAUCAUGUAUGCAUUCAUUCACAUAUUCACAUAUGUUAUAAAGAUAUAUUCAAUGUGCCAUAAUAGUCAACAAUACUGGGUGCUUGUGUACCCAUGGUGCUAUCAACAAAUACCGCUUUCAGUACAACUAUUCAAAAGACCAUUGAGCAGUGUGUAUCCUAAUCGUAGGACAACUAGUUAUUGUUUCAUUGUGAGUGGCGCCAAAGAUUUGAGUGAGAUUAUUGUGAUGUGUUCAGCUGGCCAGAGGAAAGGGGGAAUAACUAGGAUACCGUCUCUUGUAAUGAAAAGUUCCAAACAGCUAGAAUCCAUAGUAUCUUCCUGACGACAAGCGGUGAGGAAAAGUGACAGUGUUGUUAGUAUUUAUUUAAGGUUAAUGUUUAAAUCAAAUCUUGGAAGUAGAAAUUUGAACAGAAGAGGCAUCGACAUAUUUUUAAAACAAAGAUAUUUUGAAUAUGAUUUUGUAUUAGCUAAAUUAAGGGUAGGUUAUUCCACAAAUAAAGUAAAAAUAAGUUAGACAGAAUUAGCAUCUUUAUGAUGGCCAUAUAUUUUUCCUCUGAGGAAUUCCGCAUUUUGUGUUUAUUUCAAGAAAAACUGCACUCUUGUGAAGCUGAGAAUACAAGAGUGUUCCAGUUGCUUUCUUUUCAUAAAAGUACUUUAUUUGAUUUUGAUAAUAAGUUUCAAAUCUUAUCUCCCUUUCUUCUGUCCUCUCGAUGAAUCUGUGAUUGUUUUCCACAAUCAUUGUCUUAGGUUUCAAAGAAGAUUCCGUUAUGAAUAUUUUGUUUUCUGUGUAAAGAGUUAAGGUUUAAUUUGGUUAGUUUUUGUAUUUAGAGAGCGUUUGAAUCUUAAUUUAUAUCUGCAUGCAUGGUUAGAGGCACGCCUGUAUAUUUGUAACUUCAAUUGUAUUAUAUCAGUUUUAAACAAGCAGCACUGUUUUAUCUUGGUGAGUAGACUGUUGUUUUACAUCAUGUUCAGGAAUAGUGAGUCACGGUGAAUGUUAUCCAUGACAGAGGCAUUUCUCAUUUCAUUGGUCUAUGUUUUGCCUUACUUUGAAAUGUUCGCCAUAAGCCAUGUGUACGUGUUUUCAUACAGGAAGUCCAGUGAACCACUGACAACCAACCAUACCAUAGAUAGUUUGUGUUGAGUAGGGUGAAGAGUCCUCUGCUGGAUUCCAUUUUCAAAUAUGAGUAUUGUAGUUUAGGUUGUCAGUGACUUAAUUUCAGAUAAAACCUGAUAAUGUUAAUCUGGAAUUAACAGUUCAUUUUGACACACAUUGGCCCAUUUAUAUUGUCCCAUUUGGAAAAUUGUUAAGAAAUGGAUAAGAAAUGUUUUCUUAAUCAGUCUCUGUAUAAAUUAUCCUAUCAUUAUAAUUGUUUUUGUUAAUAAUUUUUGCAUUUGUUUCUGUAACAAAUGAUAAGUUAACUUUAUUUUCCAGUAUCCAUGAUACUCAAAAUGUUCUGCUUUCUCUAAAAUGAUGCCAAAUUAAAAAUAUCAUAAUUUUAGUUAUCUGGUGAUUAACAACUCAUGCUUUCUUCAUUGUUUCACCCUAACUGUUAAGUGUAUUUCAAAAGGACGUCAACGAAUCAUUCUUUAUAAUGGUUCCUCUCCCUUUGGUUGUCAUAUGAAAUGUUCUGAGGCCAAGUUGUGGUCUACUGUUCAUGCCGUCCAUUCAUGCCUUCUGAGUAGUCUCCCCUUGUUAGCAGAGUAGUCUCCCCUGUUGGGUAAUCGACAUUCCAUCAUUAUGGAAACACUUCCUGUCGUAGUUUGGGGAUAUAAGCUGAAAUUGAUAUUAAGGAAAUAAGUCUUCUUGUGCCUGUAUCAUGUGUAGGGAACAAACUGAAUUGCUUAGUGUUGUAUUUGGUUUGUUUAACGCUUCGAAAGAAAUGUCACUGGUCUCAGCUUUUACUCAGACUGAUAUUAAAUGGCAACAUUAAUACUUCUGGAAUGUUUUACAAAUUUAAGUCCUGUGAAGUAUGUUGCAUUCUCCUCAAAACUGAACGUUUCUCGACAGAAUUAAUUUAAUUGUAACAUGAACACAUGAAUAUGGGUGCAGUAGCCUGUCAAAAUACUUAUGGAUGGAACCGCAGCCAUAUUAAGAAAUGUUUUGGCGUUGAGAAAGAUCCUAUAUCAACUGCCUAGCUUCCACUGACGGCCUGGUAUAGUUGAUGUGUUUUGUAUUAAGAUAUUUUAUUUUAUUUAUUUAAAUGUCUAUAGUUGUCAGAUGGUGUUUUUGUAUAUAUCGGGUAUGUUUCAUUGUAGAAAUAUUUCAUUCUAUAAUAAGAAGGUGUUAUUAUGUAUGCUUGUGUUUUAAUCUGUUAAAUAUUGCAUCUCCAAAAUAUAAUGCUUCUAUUAAUAAAGUAAGUUCUAUUUAACCUUCAUGUUUUCUCAAUUUAACACAAGUAUUUAUAAUAUACUAUUCAAAGCAAGUCACAGGACACCCAGGUCUUUCCUAUUUUAUUGUUUAUCUUUCAUGAUAUGACAUGUAGGUGAACUGUAGUAAUACGAAAGAAUCUGGUGUUCUUCUGAGCAGAGUAUGUGGAAAUAUUAACUUGGUUUGAACUGGAAAUCAGGAAGUGUAUGUAUAUGAACUACUAGCAUAAUACUCUCCAUGGCUACCUCAUGCUAGAGGCCACGUGCCAUGACACGUAUCAUCACUUUGAUUAUCUCCAGUGGCAAGGAAACUAGUAUGUUGGACAACGAUCAUUUGAAUUGAAGAGAUAAUACUUUGCGUUAUUUUUUCUGCCAGUAUAGUGUUUAAUCAGAUGUUAGUUUGAAAUAAACUUAUUUGAUAAACACAAAUACACAGGUUUUCUUAGAUUUGAUCUGAAAAUAAUUGUGACAGUGGCAUAAAUAUAAGCAAAUUAACAAUUUCCUCUUUUAUUUUUAACUUGUUUGAAAUGUCUCAGAGAACAUCGGACCCGAAAUAAUCCAAAGGCCAUGAAUAUAUGAGGUCAUAAUUCAUAAUGCAUAACUCACUGUCUACUCAACAAAAGCUGGUUUGUCUACAAAGGGAGGUCACCCAUAACAUUCAGUUUCCUGCCGCUGGAGUAGUCUCCCUUCCCUACUACAGCCUGCCUGCAUAUAUGAACUACAGUGGUGCUUUGACAAGUGAACACAGAAGUGUAUAUACAUGUAGAGCUGUGUUGUCAUCAUGGCAGUUGUAUAAUGUAGAGCUACUUGAACAAGUUGUGUUUGGAUGUUUUAUAUUGUUGAAAGUUAUCAUGUUAUAUAUAUUGUAUUAUAUACAUCAUGUCUUUGUGAAUGUUGGCCUCCGAACUACUAAACAGUGUUUACUUAUAAAGUAGAUCAGCAUAUUUACAUUAACUGAACUUUCGUACAAGAUCGUCACUUAAAAUAUGAUUCACAUUCUAGUAUAAAUAAUUCUUUGCAUAUUUUUUUAUCUAUUAAUUUUGUUAUCUUACUGAAUUCUAGUGAGGAAAAAAGCAAUAAUAUGUUUGUGUAUGUGUAAAAUAAAUGUUGAAGUGGUCUUUCUGUUCUUUUGUUUUGAUUUUAAAUAUUUUAGAAGUUGUCAAGUAGUAACCUUUCUGGAAGUAAAUUUAUGCUGUGAAAUAUUAUUUCAAGAAGAAACAAAUACUUCAUUGUGAAAAUUUUAAUUUAAUGUAUUUGUGAAAAACAUCUUUUACUCCUUCAGUGAAAUACAUGUGUGUGUGGAUGUGUGUACCAGGAUGCCAGUUUCCCUGUUGUACAGAGAGUUGGUCUGUUGUUGUUUAAAUGAUUACUUCAAACACGGCAUUGCCUUGUGCAUGUUUUCUUGCCACACAUUUCAAGGGCUCUUCAGCUGGUAUCGUUUCUGGAAUUUAUUCGGGAACCAAACAAAUAUUUACUUAAAUCCAUACAAGCUCAACCCCUUCACAUCCCACCUCAACUCAAUCCUAGCUUAGCAUAACCUAACUCUACCCAGUUAAACCUUAACCCAAUCCCAUCUUACCAUAGCCUAAACCUCAACCCAAUCUAAACCUGUUCUGCAGCACUGCAACACACUGCAAACCACAACCCAAUCCUGUAAUGCCCCCACCGCAACCCCACUCCACACAACCCCAUCCUGUAAUGCCCCCAUCACAACCCCACUACACACAACCCCAUCCUGUAAUGCCCCCAUUGCAACCCCACUCCACACAACCCCAUCCUGUAAUGCCCCCAUUGCAACCCCACUCCACACAACCCCAUCCUGUAAUGCCCCCAUCACAACCCCACUCCACACAACCCCAUCCUGUACUACCCCACCCUACCUUUUCACAUCUAACUCCUCCAAGCUCCGCCCCGGGCAGUGGGGUAGCCUAUUGAUUAAAGCGUUCGCUCAUCAUGCUGAAAACCCGGGUUCGAUUCCCUACAUGGGUACAAUGUGUGAAACCCAUUUCUUGUGUCCCCCACAGUGAUAUUGUGCUAAAAGCAGCGUAAAAACUAACUCACUCACCCAAGCUCAGCCCAACCCUACCUUGACCUAGUUCAACCCCACUUAAGCUCAACACCACCCUUUCUUGCCACAUGUCAACCCCACCUUUGCUCCACUCUACUUGACCCCACCCAUUACUCAUGUCAACCCCACCUUUACUCCACCCAACUUGACCCCACCCUUUACUCAUGUCAACCCCACCUUUACUCCACCCUACUUGACCCCACCCUUGACUCAUGUCAACCCCACCUUUACUCCACUCUACUUGACCCCACCCUUUACUCAUGUCAACCCCACCUUUGCUCCACCCUACUUAACCGCACAGGGGAGACAGUGAAUGUUAACAUGUUCAAUAUAAUGAGUGUAUCUCUGAUGGUUUGUGGAACGUACCAUGUGAUAAUACUUUACCUGAAAAAAGACAUCAUUAAACUCAUUCAAUGAUUAGUUAAUUACACUCUGGAGCAUGUCAUUCACUCUAUUGAGCUUGAUCCCUAGUUUAUAUACCCUGUAUUACAAUUACAUCCUGCUAUUUCCUCAAUGCUCUUAUAUAAAGUUAAACAUAAUUGCUAAAUCCUCCACAUACUCUCUGUCCCAGCUGUCAUCCAGGGUAUAUAGAUAUAUGGUAUAACUACCAGUGGACUAUAAGCCAGUUAGCCCAUAUCUGUCACUGAUCUAUAUAUGGUAAUGCUUCUGCACCCCAGGACUAUCUCAAGUAGAGAUCUCACUGCGAAUGUUGUGAUGUACUUAGAUAUUUUGUAAUAAAACAUGAUUCACCAUU